UUCCAGUAUGGCCGACGAGCAAACUACUCCCAGAAAGAGAACUUUCCGUAAGUUUACCUACCGUGGUAUUGACCUUGACGCCCUUUUGGACUUGUCCUCUGAACAGUUCAUGGAGCUCGUUCACUGUCGUGCCCGUAGAAGAUUCCAACGUGGUCUUAAGCGUAAGCCUAUGGGUCUCAUCAAGAAGCUUCGUGCUGCCAAGAAGUCUGCUGCCGCUGGUGAAAAGCCUGAGGUUGUCAAGACCCAUCUCCGUAACAUGAUCAUUGUUCCCGAGAUGAUUGGUUCCGUCAUUGGUGUUUAUAACGGUAAGGUUUUCAACCAAAUCGAAAUUAAGCCCGAGAUGACCGGUCACUACCUUGCUGAGUUCUCCAUCUCUUACAAGCCCGUCAAGCACGGUCGUCCCGGUAUUGGUGCCACUCACUCUUCCAAGUUUGUUCCCCUUAAGUAAAUUAUUUUUUACUCUUUAUCUCUUUCAUAUUAAAAUCCACAAAAAAAAACACAACCCUUUCUGUUUUUUUUCACUUUAUACUCUA